UAGAUCAUAGGCUCGGGCCCGAUAUAAAAUCAGAUCAGCCCAUCAUCUCUUGAAAAUAAGAGACAAUAAAUUGUUUAAGAGGCGACUAGGCAAGUGGGCCCGUAUGGUAAGCCCAAGUAAAGAUCCGACCCGUUUCCCUGAAUUUUAUUAUUUAAGACUAAAAAUGGAUAUUCCUGCGUCAAAGUUUCCACGAAGAUGGAUUUCUUCAGUGAAGUCAAACUCAGAGAGCUCUUUCGAUAGACUUCCAUGGCAACGACCUCAAUUCUGUCCCUCAAAUGACGACCGGAAGCUCUUCGAAGCGUGCGUCGACCGAAUUGUCGGAUUUCCCGACCGGCGAUUCGGUCACUCUGCCCAAUCUCCCCGACGAGAUCAUCGCGGAAAUCCUGCCAUGGUUGCCGGUGAAAAGCCUCUUGAAAUUCAGGUGCGUUUCGAAAUCCUGGCGUUCGUUGAUCUCUACCACCGAAUUUAUCAAAACUCAUCUCAAAAUCUCAACUAAAAGCAACGUAGGUUGCCAUAACCGCCUCCUCAUCGGCUCCGGCCGUCCUCUCCCUACGAAUUUCCAUACCUUCGUACUAAACCCUAGGAUUGACGAUGAACGCAAUUCAUUGUCGGAUACAUUGGUGCUCGAUUACAAUUCGUGCGAUUCGAUUCGAAUUAUCGGAUCGUGCAACGGUUUAGUCUGCGUAGUUUUAGACGAUUACACCAUUGUUCUGUGGAAUCCAGCCACUAGAAAAUCGAAAAAACUGCCCUUUUCUUAUCCAGAUACGCUUUGGAGUGUGUACGGAUUCGGUUACGCCGAAUCAACAGAUGAUUACAAAGUUAUGGAAAUUUGCUCUGUUUGUAAUCAUCUAGAUGAGUAUGAAACUAGAGUGAACGUGUAUAGUUGGAGGCGUAAUUCAUGGAGAGACAUGGAAUGGUCCGGCGGCGCCGCCGUCGCCGCCGAGAACAAUCCCGGCGUGUUUGUCAAUGGAGCUAUCCAUUGGUUAACAUGCUCGGAUCAUUGGGGGUUGAUUGUAUUCGACGUUGCUACCGGAGCUUGUUCUUCGGUCGAACUUCCUAGGCAUAGAAAUGAGGAUGUCGAGCAUGUAAUGUUGGGGGUGGUUUCCGGAGGGGGUUUGCUUUGUGCGUCGUUCGACUAUGGUUCUUACAUGGAUGUUUGGGUGAUGGGAGAGUACGGCGCGCAAGAGUCUUGGACGAAGUUGGCGUGUUUAUCUUACUAUUUGUUGUUGAGGAGGCAUCGCCAUCUUGUGCGGCCGAAGUUGUUGUUUGUUGCGGAGAAUGGAGGGGUUCUAUUGAGCCUCGGCUCGGAUUUGAUACUUUAUAAGCCGCCUAAUUCCCACGAGGUUUAUAGUAUAGGGAGCGGCGCGGAGGUUGAGGGUGUCACGUAUAGUGAGAGCCUCCUUUCGCCGGAGUUUGGUUGAGUCGUGAGCGUGUUUCUAUUUACUUUUACAGAACAUCGCAUGAAAUGUUGGUUGAGUCGGUUUGGUGUUGAUUCGACUCAAUCAGCAAUGUAGAACACAUAUUUGAUACCACAUGAUAAUACAAUAUAUAUUAUGUCAGAUAAUAGUAGCACGGUACAAAUUUGCACCGACACAUGCUUCUAUAUGACACAAUAUUGUACUAUACUGUAUAUUUACAUGCAUUCUGUCUUGUUGGUUUGUGCCUCAUUAAGCACCAAGCCGAGCCGAGCCAAAUCGAGCUCGCGAACUUUUGUUUUACAGUUCUAUUGAUGAGUUAUGGUAAUACAAUAUAUCGGUUGUAUUUUGGAUUGUUUUUAGUCUUUUUGUAUUUAUUUGAAUUUGUUAUAAUAUAACAUGUAAUGUAUGUAAUAUUUUUGGCUUGAUUA